GUAGGGUCUUAGCUCACAAUUCUCUGUGUGGGCCUCCAUGUAGGAUUUCAGCUCAUUAUUCUCUAAGGGAGCCCACCCAUGUAGGGUCUCAACUCGUAAUUCUUCAUCUAAGCUCUCUUAGCUCGCCAUUUUUCAUUGGAGCUUUCUCAGCUCAUCAUUCUUCAUUAGAGCUCUAUGAGCUCAUCAUUCCUCAUCUAAGCUCUUUUAGCUCAUCAUUCUUCGUUAGAGCUCUAUAAGCUUGUCAUUCUUCAUUUGAGCUUUGUUAGCUCAUCAUUUUUCAUCUAAGCUCUCUAAGCUCAUCAUUUUUCAUCUAAGCUCUCUAAGCUCAUCAUUCUUCAUCUGAGCUCUAUGAGCUUGUCAUUCUUAUCGAAACUCUGUGAGCUCAUCAUUCUUCAUCGGAGCUCUAUGAGCUCAUCAUUCUUCAUUAGAGGCUCUGAGCUUGUCAUUCUUCAACUAAGCUCUCUUAGCUCAUCAUUGUUCAUCAGAGCUUUAUCACCUUGUCAAUCUUCAUCGAAGCUCUGUGAGCUCUUUAUUCUUCAUCGAAGCUCUGUGAACUCGUUAUUCUUCAUCGAAACUCUAUGAGCUCAUCAUUCUUCAUUUCAGCUCUAUAAGCUCAUCAUUCUUCAUCUAAGCUCUCUCAAAUUGUCAUUCUUCAUCUGAGCUUUGUCAGCUUGUCCUUCUUCAUUGGAGCUCUCUUAGCUUGUAAUCUUCAUCUAAGCUCAGCUUGUCAUUCUCCAUCGAAGCUCUUUCAACAUGUCAUUCUUCAUUUGAACUCUAUGAGAUCGUCAUUCUUCAUAUGAGCUUUAUGAGCUUGUCAUUCUUCAUUAGAGCUCUAUGAGCUCAUCAUUCUUUGUCUGAGCUUUGUGAGCUCGUCACUCUUUGUCUGAGCUCUGUGAGCUCAUCAUUCUUCAUCUGAGCUUAGUGAGCUCAUCAUUCUUCAUUUGAGUCUCUCAACUCGUCAUUCUUCAUUUAAGCCUAUGAGCCCAUCAUUCUUCAACUAAGCUCUCUUAGCUCUUCAUUGUUCAUCGGAGCUUUGUGAGGUUGUCAUUCUUCAAUUGAGCUCUCUUAGCUCUUCAUUGUUCAUCAGAGCUCUGUGAGCUUGUCAUUCUUCAAUUGAGCUCUCUUAGCUCGUCAUUAUUCAUCAGAGCUUUGUCAGCUCGUCAAUCUUUAUCGGAGCUCUAUUAACUCGUCAUUCUCCAUUGGAGCUCUAUCAGCUCGUCAUUCUUCAUCAAACCUCUCUCAACUCGUUAUUCUUCAUUUAAGCUCUAUCAACUCAUCAUUCUUCAUUAAAGCUCUCUUAGCUCAUAAUUUGCAAGCCAAGCUAGGAGACAAUACUUUGUUCUAAGACUCAUGCAGGAUCUUACUCCUUUCUUCCCCCUGCAAUCAACUAGAUCAACAAAGCAAUAAAGGUUUUUAUUUGUU